AUUAGUGAGGUAGUGCGCGCAGCACGACAGCAUCGAGCACACCUCGAUAGCCAAUGUAACGCAGCUCGGUCUCGUAUUACGUUAUUAUAUAGGUGUGGGCUCUCAAAACUGCGAGUGAUUAUAUUGUCAGUGCAGCGCGCAGAGACACAGACAGCAGCAGAGAGUUGCGUGCGAAAAAAAGGGUGGACAAUUGGAUAGUAACCUUAAUGCGAAAUAAGAGUGUCGUCGUCGCUCCGUAUUAUGAGUCAAAUAAAACCUUACAGUAGCAGCAGCAGCUAGAGUUGCUAGAUAGGUAUUCGCGUGAGAAUUCUCGUAGGCUUAAUUUAUUGCUAUAACAGUGUCACAAUAUCGCCAAUACGGCAAGUAGACGCGUGCCGUUAAACCGUGUGCACGUAAUACGUAGUCAUUUUCGCGAGAGUGUUGUGUUCCUCUCUCACGAUACAUCUAGCGAGUGAGUCAAAAGUAUUUCGCGCAGAGUGUCGUCAGCUAGAUGCUAGAUGCCAGAAAUUAUGGCAGGUACAUCGUCCUUCGGCAUGCUGAACAACGAGUUCGCUGGCAGCAAAAAGAAGGAUGAACCAGCGAACGAGGACAACUUGUGGUCGCAUAUCUUGGCUCAAGUGCAGGCACAGAGUAGAAACAAAUUGCCAUCGAACAAAAAUUUACUAGUUCUGGGUGACAAUGAGAGUGGAAAGACUACGCUAAUAGCCAAACUGCAGGGUGUUGAAGACCCAAAAAAAGGAUCUGGUCUUGAAUACGCUUAUAUCGAUGUUAGAGAUGAUUACAGAGAUGAUCAUACAAGAUUAUCAGUUUGGAUAUUGGAUGGAGAUCCAGGACACUCUAAUCUGUUAAAAUUUGCUUUGAACGCUGAAAGAUUUCCUAAUACUCUUGUAAUGCUUGUCGCUGCAAUGACCACACCUUGGGCAUUAUUAGAUCAAUUGCAAUUUUGGGCUAGGGUUUUAGGUGAACAUAUUGACAACAUUGCUACAAACAAUGACUCUUUCAAAGAGACGUGGCAAGAGUGUAGGCAGCAAAUAAAGAAAAAAUGGCAAGAUUAUACUGAACCAGGAGAUGAUUUAGAACCAGGCAGUCCAUUAAGAAGAACAAGUAGAAAUUUAGAUGAUGAAAAUGUGGUUGACAAUUUACCUUUGCCAGAAGGUGUAUUAGAAACAAACUUAGGACUUGAUGUGGUUGUAGUUAUUACCAAAACAGAUUAUAUGAGUACUCUAGAAAAAGAACAUGAUUAUAGGGAUGAGCAUUUUGAUUUCAUGCAGCAGUGGAUAAGAAAAUUUUGCCUUCAGUAUGGUGCUGGCCUUUUUUAUACGUCAGUGAAAGAAGAUAAAAACUGCGAUCUAUUGUACAAAUAUUUAACGAAUAGGAUUUAUUCUUUUCCAUUCAGAACACCUGCAUUGGUAGUUGAAAAAGAUGCAGUUUUAAUUCCAGCAGGUUGGGAUAACAAUAAGAAGAUAAGUAUUCUCCACGAGAAUUUACAAGCUAUGAAGCCCGAUGAUUAUUACAGGGAUAUCAUAGUGCAACCGACUUCAAACAAGAAGAAUGUAACGCGACAAGUUGAAGUGGUCGCGGAAGACGAACAAACUUUCUUGGCUAGACAACAAGAAGCAUUAUUAGGAAAAGAAUCUAACCGAUCACCGUCGCAGAGGAAUCAGGCAAGCACAGGCCCAGUUAUACAGGUUGCGUCGCCAAACAAGAAGUUGGAUCCAAAGGCCGGUACGACCCCCUCUGGUGAAGGUGUUCUAGCUAAUUUCUUCAAUUCUUUGCUGAACAAGAAGACGGCCGGUGGCUCGCCCGGUGGUCCUGGAUCCCCGAGCUCCCUUGCUGGUGCCAGUCCCAUCAAGCCAGAUGGCCUGCCGAUCGAUAAAAAUACUAUGCGCAACGACGCCGCGGCCGAACUCGAUCGAAUCACGAAAUCCAAACUAAUCUCGUCUCCGGAACUUGAAACAUCCACCGAAUCUUGAAAAUCGCAAUAUUCGCUCUUGUUCAUCGACAUCAUCAUUUCAUGUUGCAACGAACAGAAGACUAAGUUGUGUGAAGUUUUUUUCUUUACAGUGCCGCGCUUGAACAAGAACAAGCAUGUCGUAAAUUUAUAAACGAGUGAGAGCGUUUUUUUAAAUUAUAUUUUAUUAUUUGUACAAUUUUAAUCGAAUAGUUCGACGAUAUUUUUAUUUGUUGAACUGACUCGAAAAAUUUAUAUAUAUAAAAAAACGCAGUUCAGUACUUACUAAACGCAUCAAACUGUUGAAAUACUAAUUUAUGAUAAAAAAUUGAUUUAGAAAAGCAUAAAUCUUGGUUUUCCACGACGUUUUUCGUGCAUACGCAGUACUUGCUUGACAAUAACCAAUCCUUUAUUUUGCGCCUAACCAUUGAGUGUGAAUGUUAAAGGACAUGAAUAACAAAGCAAGUCUGUCAACAGUGCCAGAUUAUAUAUAUUUAUAGCUAAUGAUCAUCGAGCCAUUUCGGCAAUUUAGUAAUUUGUAUUAAAAAUGUAAUGUAAAUGAGCUCGAUGUAAGCGAUGCAUUUUGUAACCAUUUCAAUCAAAGUUAUUUGGAACUGAGAAAACAAAAAAACUCAAUUUUUUACUAUGUGAAAAGUUGUUUAUCUCGUCUUUAAUCUAUAAACUCUCAUUAAGAGAUAAUAUGAGAUUUUCUUGUUGACACAAGAAAAGUAUAAUUGUAAUGUUGCACAAUUUUUAUAAACAAGUUGCUUCAAAAGCUUGAUUUGUACAUUUGAAUCGCUGUAUUUUUCCCUUGCAUUAUUUCUAGCAAGAAGAACGAAUAAUUGUUUAAAAAUAUAUCGUGACUGAAAAAUGGAAAAAUAAAAAAAUUGAUUCGGGGAUUGUGUGUGAAUAUUUUUUUUAUUUUACAUUUCAUUGUGGUAAACGAUGAAUAUUAAGCACAAUACAAAAAUUUAACGAUGAAAUUGUCUGAUAAUUUUUAAGUUACAUAGCUGAAUUUGUAAAACAUUUAUAUCCUUAUUAUUUCCAUUUUAUAUCACGUUUAUUGUUUUAUAUUAAAAAUGUGAAAAACGUAAUGAUGUAUUUAAUUAAAAUUAACUCACCGUGCAAUUAUCAUUAAAGGUACAGUCUUGUUGAUAAAUAAUAAUACAUGUUCUCUUGAUAAUCGAAAGUUAUGUUGAAUGUUGCUCUUAUGCAUUAAUUAAAAUUACCAGUAAUUAAAGGAAUCUUUUUCAUGACUUAUAUACAAAAAAUAUCACGAUUUCAUAAUAUCCGGUAAUUUUUUUAUCUAAACUUAUAAGUGCUUGCUGUAAAUGCAUUAAAAAACGCAUGUUCUUCUUUGUAUAAGAUCAAUAAAUGGAGCCUUUCAACAUGA